AUGUCCGCAUUUAUUUUGAUUCGGUUUAAAACCUCAGGUAAUCGAGGGAUUCUAUGACUCAGUUUGUUUGGCAGCGUUUCAGUGGUUUGUUUCGAAUACUUUCACUGAAAACUCGCUGAAUUUUGCUUGCCGAUUUUGGCCAAGUCGGACGCGGGUUUUUGAGAUACGUGUGAGGAAUGGAAAUCGAGGAGUUGAUCCCAGGUGCGGAGGCCUUCGGGGAUUAUAAGGAAAAUACGGUGGAGGAGAUUUUUGCCGAGUGCGACAGUGUGGAAAUUAAUUCAAGAUCACCAUCGAUGAUGCUGUUGCUGCCGGGAACCAUCUCCGAAUUAACCGAAAACCUAAUUCUGUGUUCUGCUUCAACUGUCAACACUAAUGUCCUUGAUGCGCUCAAUAUCGCUUGUGUUAUAAAUGCGGCUCCGGAAUUGCCGGAUACGCCACUGCACAGAAGUGAUGUCGUUUAUCACAAGAUACCUAUUCUGGACUCGGGGAAUACCAGGAUUUAUCAGUAUUUUGACGAGGCGGCGGAUUUAGUACAAAAGGUUGCCAAUUCCGGUGGGAAAACGUUGAUUUAUUGUGUUGCUGGUGUCAGCAGGUCGGCGAGUAUCUGCCUGGCUUAUUUGAUGAAACACCAAGGAUUAACGUUACUAGACGCUUACAACUACGUCAAAUUAAAGAGACCUAAAAUUCGUCCAAAUUGUGGAUUUUUCAAACAACUGAUAGAAUACGAAAAAGCAAUUUUCGGAAAUAACACAGUGAGGAUGAUUUUCAACGAGUUCGUGCAAAUGGAAAUACCGGAUGUCUACGACUGUGAUUACCAAUUUGUUAGCCACUUCAGUAAGAAGAGGAACCAGACGGGGCGAUAUUGACUGAAGAAGGAAGCUAGAUCGGGCUAAAUAUUCCAAAAUGCAUUUUAUGAGAAGAAAUGAUACUGUACAUGAAAGCGACAUCAUAUUGAUGUCCGUGUUUUUUAAAUAUUUUGUAUUUUAAACAAACAGAAUAUGUUGAGAAGACAUUCUUUUUUUGGCAGUGUGCACGUGUUGCAAGUGAAUACCAAGCAUUAAGAAUACUUGUUUGUGUACAAAUCUGCAAGUUUUGAACAUUGGUUUUGGUUUUUACUUGUAUUAGUGGAGCGAAAACACGUUACAGGUUACUCUAGGAUGUGUUGAAAUACUAUACAAUAUAAAACUGUAUAGUAAUUAAAAGCUAUACUGGUGUUUUGUAAAAAUACUCCACGUUCUUUUACACACUGUCUACAUAAUGUAUUAAGAAAGCCAGUUUACGGACUUAUAUGUUGUAAGCAAUUAAAUUUGCGUUAGAUCAUAGUUACUGGCAAAUGGGACCAAAUUUAUUUAUUCUCUGUGUUUUACAAAUGUAGAUUAAAGACUUGAUUAUUAAAUUUAUUAAAGUUU